AUGACUCCCUCAGCCAAUGGUAAUAACCCUGCUGCUUCUGAGCUGCGUCGCAGGCACGCCGCCGACAAGCCCAACAACGGCAAUACCUCUCCCCCUCAUGCUCAUGCCGAUGCGGGGAACGAUGACUCCUUGCAUCGAGCCGACCAAGAUGGCAAGGGGUCCCGCGCUGAAGAGGUUAGCAAGACGUAUGGCCGGACUCGUGAUGGAAGGGUCUUCGUAGUGCCAGUUACUCGCGACAGGAUCCCACAGAUGCUGGAUCCCAGGAAGCCUAAGAAUAUAAGCGACAUCUUCGUACUAGCUAUACUAGCCGCCCACAUCUUAGCACUAUAUACUCUACCAUCGCCUCAGAGAAAGUACGUCUUUGCUGCUAUAUAUCUCUUCUGGCGUGCUGCCUACAACGCUGGGAUCGGCAUCCUGCUGCGCUGGCAAUCUAACGACAACACACUUGUCGCGUGGGCUCAGAAAUGGCGCCUCUUCGAGCUUCCCUCGACGGGGAAGAACCCACGCCCCUGGUUAUACAAUCUUCUCAAACGUGAAUGCAAGACCGAGAUCCACAGCGAGUUCGACUUUGACAGUGCUCCUAUCGAGUAUAACACCUGGCUACUCUUCCGUCGAUUCGUCGAUCUAGUCCUCUUGUGUGAUUUCGUGUCGUAUAUUCUCUUCGCCAUUGCAUGCACCCAUACACCGGCAGGUGAACCUUUGCUCAUAACACUGGGUCGAUGGGUACUUGGUCUUGCCACCGUCGCGUUUAACUUCUGGGUCAAAGUCGACGCGCUCCGCGUCGUCAAAGAUUAUGCCUGGUACUGGGGUGAUUUCUUUUUCCUCGUCGACCAAGAAUUAACAUUCGACGGCGUUUUUGAAAUGGCACCGCACCCCAUGUAUUCUAUUGGCUACGCAGGCUACUACGGGAUCUCUAUGAUGGCUGGAAGUUAUGCCGUCCUUUUCAUAUCUAUCCUCGCCCACGCUUGUCAGUUUGCUUUCUUAGUUCUCAUCGAGAAUCCCCACAUCGAGAAAACAUACAAUCCCCCUCCCCCUCGCAAGCGUAUUGAUAGUAAUGGUCAUGCGCAAUCGCCUAAGACGAGCGAGCAAGAGUCGGUAGAUGAUUCUUCGUCCAACCCUCAACAGCCGUCGCCUCACGAGAUCCACAGUCUGCUCGGCCUCCGAAAUAUUGACUUAUUUCGAAAUACGGACUAUUCGACAUGCCUGUUGCUUUCGUAUCUCACCAUACUAGCGCUGGUUACCCCACAGACUCCUUUCUGGCAGACCUUGUUCGUUGUGCACGCACUUGUGUGGCGAAUUUGGUAUUCCGUAGGCUUGGGCUCGAUACUACAUCGCCAGUCUGAAGACAAGAUGUGGACCCGCCACUUUCUCAAGUUUGGAGACACCACAGACGAAGCCUGGAGGCAGUGGAAGGGGAUGCAUCAUAUAUCUCAUAUGCUUUGCUAUGCCUCUUUCAUUGCGGCUUGCUGGAAGACGUACUCGGUUCCUGUUGACUGGAGCUAUGAUUUCGUUCUACUUCGACAUGUGAUCGGCGCUAGUCUCGUCGCUCUGCAAGCCUGGACGGCCGUGAGUGUUUACGAGUCACUGGGCGAGUUCGGUUGGUUCUUCGGCGACUUCUUUUUUGAGCGCGGUGCAAAGCUCAACUACACAUCGAUAUAUCGUUUCCUGAACAACCCUGAACGGAUUAUCGGCACAGCAGGUUUGUGGGGUGCUGCUCUCAUUACGUGGAGCAAGGCAGUCUUUAUUCUAGCUUUGAUCAGCCAUCUUCUCACUAUCGGAUUCCUUGAAUUUGUUGAACAACCUCACAUGCGGAAAGUAUACGGCGAGAGUCUCAGAGACGAGGCCGGCUUAACAAGAUUCAUUAAGCGAUCACUUCCCCCUUACGUGGUUGAGUGGCAGAGUAGUGUGGACCAAGUCAUGGAUCAGACUUCGCGCCUUGUCGAGGAAUUGUUAGAUGCAGCUCGCCCUAAAUUAGCUGCUGGCGUCUCGACGAUUGUUAGAGAUACUACAGCGCUCUUCAACAAGUACCCUGCUCGGCUCGGUAUUGCCAAAUUCACUCCAAACCUAGAAAGUUAUGAUCCUGCACACUACUCAAUUACUGUUGAGGGAGAGAGUUCCUCUGGAUCAGCGCUCACAGAAAGAUCUAGCGGGAAAGAAGGAACAGCUGGCAGAUUCCCCAACUACCUAAAUACUCUAAUCUUCGAGUACGGUGCACCAAUCAAAGUCAAAUGGAAUGCACCAUCAAACCACGGCAAGAAAGAUUGGAUUGGGCUAUACAUGGUGGCUGACAACCGAUCAAGAGAAAUUACCGACGUGUCUUCCUUAGGACGUUGGAUUCCAACAACUCCUGGUCAAUACGAGUCUACUACUGCUGACAAAGGAAGCGUCGCAUCCGAUAUUCCCGUGCAAACGUCAGGUCCUGAUGGAGUUGAGCUUGUAAAGGGCGAAAUGAUCUUUUCAGGAGACAAACUCUGGUGGACACAGGGCGUUUUCGAAUUCCGUUAUCACCACGAUGGAGGUCAUAAUGUAAUGGCCAUCUCUCAACCAUUCGAGAUUCAUGUAGCAAGAUUUGAGGAGGAGGAUGUGCCAUUGGGAGCCGACGUACAUGCAAGCUAUCAGGUUGCAGUAGCAGCAGCUCUACUUCCAGUCGUGCAAAAUUGUCUAGAUCGAGACCCCGAUAUCGCACCUAGCAAGCCUACGGAGCCGUGGGGAAGCCACGUAGCGCGCGAUGGCAAGUACGCAAAACGCAUCGUUUACGCGAUUCGACAAAUGUUUGGUAUCGAGUUUGCCCCAGCAGUUGUCCCUGCGGACGGUAGUAUAAGAAACCUUGCAUGGAGAAUUUGUAACGCAAAGCAGGUUUUGGCACCGUAUAGCAUGUCAGCCUCUAAAGGGACAACAACGCCAGGAGGUGAUAAACCAGCAAGUCCAUAG